UCUCUUUUCUCUCGUUUCUCCUAAAAAAAAAAAAAAAAAAAAAGAAAAGAAAAGACACUCUCUUCUUAUCGCUGUUCCACGAUGCGCGUUCUUCACUCGUUUCUUCUUCUCGUUCUCUGCCUGUUCCUCCACGUUUCUGCGCGGGAAUGGGAGAUUCAACACAAGGAGGCCGACGAUGAGAUUCAGGAACGAAUCAACACAAUUGUACCAAGUACGAAGUGGUGCGGGCCAGGUAACAAAGCGAAAAACUACAACGAUUUGGGAUUCAAUCACAUAACCGACGCCUGCUGCAGGGAGCACGAUUACUGUCCCGAUAGCAUCAAGGCUUUGAGAAGAAAACACAAUCUGUGGAACGCAAGCUUAUUCCUCAGGUCAAAAUGCUCGUGCGAUCAUAAGUUCUACAAGUGUCUGAAGAAUUCGACAGAGCUAAUUGCUGUCGGUAUAGGUAAAGUUUACUUCAACGACAUAAUAAUUCCAAAAUGCUUCGAACUUGAACAUCCUAUCAUCGGUUGCAAAAAAUACGAAGAUUACCGUUGCAUCAAGUAUAUUGUGGACAAGAAAAAGCCGAAGAAAUAUCAAUGGUUCGAUCUUCCCAGCUUUUGAUUAUACAAAUUAACCUCCUUCGAUUCUUAUUUUUCAUUCGAUUGAAUAUCGUAAUAUUUUACUUUGGAAACAAAUUUUUCAAUCUGUCAAAUUUACCUAAAUGCACCAUGUGAAACGAAUUUUUUUGUUUGUGUAUCUUGUAUCAAUCCUUUGAGAAUUAAGAUCAAAUUAAAAAUUGUACGCUAUCGAAUUUCGAAGAAA